CCCGCUGGCGUCCCUUUCCGGGCUCAGCGACCCUGCAGCCCAACGUCCACCGUCUGCUUAGCUGCUGGUUGGCUCUGGGGAGGAGGGGCCCGGACCGUGGGGUUGGUGGGAGCGAGGUUACCUUUUCCUGUAUCACACCGGAGUUGGAUCUGGAGGAAGCUGCUGCAAAGUCUGCAGAGGCAUGGCGGGAGCUYCGGACCAGCGCCAACCUGGCCCCGCAGCAGGGGAGCAGCUGCAGCAGCCACAAGUCUCGUGCCAAGUCUUCCCAGAACGGCUGGCCCAGGGGAAUCCCCAACAAGGGUUCUUUUCCAGCUUCAUCACCCAUAACCAGAAGUGCCAGCAAAUGCUCCUGAAGACGGUGGAAACAAAUCCAUAUGUCAAACUUCUACUUGAUGCCAUGAAGCACUCCGGUUGUGCUGUAAACAAAGAAAGACACUUUUCUUGUGAAGAUUGUAAUGGAAAUGUUAGUGGAGGUUUUGAUGCUUCAACAUCUCAGAUUGUUUUGUGCCAGAAUAACAUCCGUAACCAGGCCCACAUGAGCAGAGUGGUCACCCACGAGCUCAUUCACGCAUUUGAUCAUUGUCGUGCUCAUGUCCACUGGUUCUCUAAUGUCAGGCAUUUGGCCUGCUCAGAGGUUCGAGCUGCUAACCUUAGUGGGGACUGUUCACUUGUAAAUGAAAUAUUCAGGUUACGGUUUGGAUUAAAACAACACCAUCAGACUUGUGUGCGAGACAGAGCAAUUCUUUCUAUCCUGGCUGUUAGGAAUAUCAGCAAAGAAGUAGCUGARAAGGCUGUUGAUGAAGUUUUUGAAUCUUGCUUCAAUGACCAUGAACCUUUUGGAAGGAUCCCACAUAAUGAGAAAUAUGCAAGAUAUGCUCAUAGAGACUUUCAAAACCGGGAUCGAUAUUACUCAAAUAUAUGAAUGACAUUUUAUAUUACAGAGCUUCAAUCAGCAUGAAGAAAAAAAUAUGGUUCUCAAGAAAACAAAUGUACAAAAUAUAAAUGAUCAAUUAAAUACAGAUGAAAUGCAGAAGAUAUUUUAAUAUAUGAUCAGAAAGAGUAACAGGCAAAAAAUGAAAUUGUUUUAAGCCACAAGGUUAAAAUUAUGUCUUUGGAGUUAAUCAUUUGCUAAUUAGGAUGAAUAAAUUACAUUUUGUAUUUUCUACUGUAUAUUUGUAUUUUUUAAUAUUUUAUUUAUUAUUUUGAUUUAUUUUUAUUACAUGAGAUUAUUUUAAAAUCUGAUUAUGAAACCUAUGAAGUAUGCCCUUGUCUGAUGUUGAUAGGGGAUCAAAGUUGAUAUUUACAUUAAAUGUAAAGAAAAAUGAACUGAUCUCAU